AUGCCGGCAGUCACCGAGCCAGAUUCAUCUACAUCCGGUCCAUCCGGUCCAUCCGGUCCCAAAGAUGAAGGUCAUGACGGUGGAUCUACUAGUAAAGAUGAUUACUAUGGAACAUGGCAAGAAGUUCACCGUAAUGAUGCUAUUGAAGGUGGUGUUACAACAGAAACGGAUAGUGAUGAUGAACCGUCGCGCCCUGCUUCUGUAAUAUCACCAUCCGUCACCAGGCUUGCAUCGGAAGCUGGUGAAACAAGCUACACUACUGAAUCUUAUACUACUGAAGACGAUGAUACACAAAGCGUUGUAUCACGGACAUUGGAUGAUGCUUCUGAAGCUGAUACCGAAACGGAGGGAGACGAUUGUGAGUUAAAGGUUUUUGGUAUUGAUUAA